AUAUCUCCAUUUCAACAUAAGUCUAUGACAUAUUGCCGGUUCUUUAAGGUAUCGAUUUUUGAAGUUAUAAACAGUUUUUAACAACAACAAAAAAUGUUGUUCUACUCAUUUUUCAAAUCGCUUGUUGGAAAAGAUGUUGUUGUUGAACUUAAAAACGAUUUAAGCAUUUGUGGUACUUUACAUUCCGUGGAUCAGUACUUAAAUAUCAAAUUGACUGAUAUAAGUGUUACAGAUACUGAAAAAUACCCUCACAUGUUGUCGGUGAAAAACUGUUUCAUUCGUGGAUCUGUGGUGAGAUAUGUACAAUUACCAGCGGAUGAGGUUGAUACUCAACUGUUACAAGAUGCUGCACGGAAAGAAAGCAGUGUUCCAGCAAGAUAGUUCUGUUAUAACAUUUGAUUUAUAAUGAUUUAACCUAAACUUAAUUAAUAAUACUAAGUUAAUUUAGAAUAAGAAUAU